GUCAAAAUGCUUUGUGCGUAAUGAAGUCAUCGCUUGACAGCAGUUUUCGAUUUACCAUUGUUCGGGUUUGGAAAGUGUUUCGGGAGCAAAGAGGGGAGGAGGGCAAGCAGCGAACAAUUCCGUCGUUUAUAUUUUUGUUUUUGUUCAGCUUACACCGGACGUGUGUGUUUCGCUUUGUUUCCUUCACUUUUCCGUCCAGCACGCUCUCGAAGGAGGUGUAAACGAGAAAAGUUGAAGCCCGUAGGAAAUUGCGUUACCAUUAUUAGUACCACAACGCCUGUGUACUUUCGAAACGUGCAUCAAGCUUUCCGUUUUCGUAAUUCGUUCCUGCACUAUCUGUGGAAGAAGAAGACGGUGGAAAAUCGAUCGCCGCCACUGCUAACAGCUUUGGCGAAGUUGCUGCGGAGGGCACACGGUUCAGUGCGUUCGAUAGUUGAUAGCACCAGUCCACAGGUGGCAGUUUCACGUGCUCUCGUGAUCACACGAUCGCUCUCGCACCGCAAACAUGUCGCAGAUGGGCCGCGCCGUCAAGAACCUGGAACCGCCACGUCCGCUGAAAUCAACGCUGAAGCAAUCGCACGUCCACCUGCCGGUUUAUGAAGUUCAAUCAAUCGAGGAACUCAUAACACUGACGGAGAAUGUGGCCGCAAGCCUUGCAAGCGGCUGUAACAAUGCGGACGGUGUAAACGCACUGCUGGCCAAUCUCAGGCUACACGGGCCACAGCUGGAGAAUGUAUCAAAAGAUACGUUGGACCGUGCGUUGGUCAUCUUCCGCAAUGCGUCACAGGACGAACGGCUGAACAUAAUGACGCGAUUGAAUCUGUUGCAACUAAUCGAGCUGCGCGCCAAAUCCUGGCAGGUGUCUGAUGGUGCAAACACCUACUACAAACACAAGGCAACAAAUGUUGAGCCUGACAUUUUGGCCGACCCGAACCUGCUGGGAUCCUCCCCGCCAAUGGGCCAAGCUGUGCCUGCGCUGGCACCGGGUGAGCUGAUACGGACCUCAGGCAAAUUCCCGAAGCCUACGAAAAUACCCGGUAAAACGUACUGCAAGGACGAGAUCGUGAUCCGCAAUGCGGAUUCGGGAAAAGUAAUGGGAAUCAAGGGACGUAGAGUUCAUAUGAUUGAAGAACUGUCGGAAACUGUUAUUUCGUUCCAAAGAGUGGCUACUGGGGCAAAAGAACGACUGGUACAAAUAACAGGUCCUAAUGAGGAAAAAAUCAAUUAUGCGAAACAGCUGAUCGAAGACACUAUUCGUCGUAACGCGUCCCCGGUACGUUUGGACAAUUCCCAGGAUGGAUCCUGCAGUUCUCUGGCGUCAUCCGGAUCGGAUGAAACGGUCCCGAGAAAGGAGGCAGGAUCGAACGUAAACGCAAGAAAUGCCUUAGUUGGGGCCAUGGCAGAAAUGGCAGCUAACAAUGGUACGAACGGUAUGGGCACUUUCAUACCCAACCAACAAUCGGUACCGGCCACAGGGGCCCUAAGCCUGAAUCUCAGUGGCUACUCACAAACGCCGCCUUCCUACACGCAUCCGAAGCUUACGCGCAACGGGUCGCAAAGCAAUGCGCAGCGUAAUAGCACCGGCAAUGCGGGCCUGUUGCUGCACAGCUUCUCCACGAACGAUGCGUCACUCGGAGAGUACAAGUACACGGUGAACGUGGGUCAACACAAUCUGAAAAUAACAGGCGACUGUUUGGAGCUUGUGAAGGUAGCCAAACUAGUUCUUGAUGAUUACUUCAGCAGCAACGAAUUUCUGGCCUCGGUAGACAUGUGCUCAAGUUUCGAUCUACCGAACACUCUUUCCUCACCGGUGGGAACAAUGCCUGGCCAGCAUUCGCUUAUCACCGGCACACCCUUCGUCGACAGUGGUGUCGGUUUAAACAACAUCGGUGCCACGGUCGGCGAGGUGAGCAACAGCAUCGAGCUGGACGAUGAUGUGUUUAUCGUCGAAUCGGGAGCGGCUGGGUUUAAGCCGAACGAAGUGCAAACCAGCAGCAGCAACACUACGAUUUCAGCCACUAACAAUGGCCUGAGCCGGUCUCGUCGGAGCCAUUUCUCGCGCAAGGAUAGUGCGGGCGAUGGGCUGAAGGAGAAAACAGAGGCACUAGCAAAAUUGGAUUCAAACGCAGUGAAACGUAUCGAAUAUGAACGGCUGAUUUACUACUCCAAGUCACCUUAUUCGUGGGAUUUGCCUGCUGACUGGAAGCGUAUAUGUGAAGCUCUUCCUUAUUUGGUAAAAAAUAAGGACAUCGAAGACCAAAAAAACCGUUUUAACGGUGACCAAUUUCUGGAAAUGAAAAAGCAGGCAGCAAAGGACAGUAGUGUGCAGGGCAGCAAUCAUCUCCCGGAAGGAGGCGAUGCCGGCGAGCAACAACCGCACAGUGAUGGAGUAACGGUAACGGCAGAUAACGGAUCCGUUGCCAGUGCACCACAGAUGGAAAAGGCCAGUGCAUAGACACGGUAUAGACCGUGCGUGCGUGAAUUCAAAACAUUGACUUGCUUCCCCAAUACAAUGGAACAACGUAUUAUUAGCCUGGGGAAGCAUUCAUCUGUCCGUUUGGCACAUCGAACCUGGAGGAACGAAUUCGAAUAUUCUACGAAACCGUUUGGUCCUCAUCUUAUUGCGGUAAUCGCUUGUUUUUUUACGUCCUAUCACCAAUAUCAUUUAGCUGCUAGCGCAUUAAGCAUGAACUAAUACCCUCUAUUAACAUGAAAGAGAUUAAUAACUUUUUUUUACAUUAUUUCACCCAAUAUAAUAAACUCAUUUUGUGUCCGAUCGAGAAUAUUUUCCGAUCUUGUCCUAUCAAGAAGACAUUCGUUCGAUCGAUCGGUUUAAUUUUUUGUUAGCUGAAUGUUUUGCGCAUAGCAUAUAUGAGUACACGAUUUUUUGUUGAAGCUAAUAUACAGAUGUACUGACACUUGCGGAAAAUAGCGUUCCGUGUGAAUAUUGCUUUUGCUUUGCAAUCGUUAGCCAACCACCGAGAGAAGAUGAUAUUACGAGUUUUGUGGUUCUUGUAAAAAAACAGGAAGACACAACCCACUCGUACUAUACAGUGAUAUUUUCAAAAAUGUGGUUUUGUAUGCCAAAUAUUAAUAAAAAAGCAGAAGCUGAGGGAGAAGAAACACAACAACAUGAGGCACCGAAAACCCGUGAUAUAGAUCCCAGACGACGAUAUACGUGUACUGACACUAAUAUUUACCCUUAUUUAUCAUCAUUGAAGCAAACAAGAAACACCAUCAUAAGUAAGCGUUUAUGGUGGCGCUUUGCUGCUGAUUCGUUAGCAGAAGUGCGAUAAUAACAACAACAAAAUUAAUGUGUAUUAAUAACUUUCUAGUCUCAGCGAAAAAGAGAGGAACAUCGUAUCGUGUUCGACACUCAAUGCAAUCAAACUAUUUGUUCGCUUCUCAACAUAAACCACGACCCAAAACGCAUUGAUUUUGUGUUCUCAUGUUCGCACCCUCUCAUUAGAUAUGGAUGUUGUUUUUUUUUGUUUUAUUAUUGUUUACUAUUUUUGCAUUGUGUUAUCGGGCCGUGUAAAACAAUAAUGUGUUUGUUUCUUUCCGCUUCGCCAGCGUGAUUCACACAGAGCCGUGACAUGUUUCAAGUUUUCCUUUAUUUAUUGAUUAUUUAUACAUUAAUAUUUGAUAAAGCAUAUGUUUUUGUUUUGUUUUGUUUGUUGUACCACGGUAAAGGAAAUUAAUUUUCUUCCUACCAUCAUGCAUGCAUAACACGCGCUCUAUACUACUGUUGACGACUGUGCUAAGGGACGAAGAUUCGUUCCGGGGGAUAGUUUUUAAACAAAUGGACUAACAGAAACUCUAACUUGGGUUUCAUACAAAACACUCUCACACAAACACACACGCAAAGAUUAGAUCUUGUUUGCUUUGCCGAGAGAAGCAAGCAGACGAAUGAAUUCAGGAGAAGUUAGCUAUCAUUAACUUAUCACUACACCGAUGUAUUCUAACGGAAACCAUGGAUAAUAAAAACACAUUUAUCUAGUACUUAAA